UGGGGCUGGAAAGCGUGGAGAAACUGUUGCAAAAAGAGACCUCCUCCCCUUGUGGCUGGCUACCUUUGAUUUUGAUCGUACAGUACAGAGAGGGUCAGUGUGUGAACGUGGAGCAUCACAGUGGAAACAGAACGUCAAAAUAAUUAUCGUGGAGCCUAAUGAUGCCUGAAGACAAACUGUUGCCCAUGGCAACGGGACUACAAAAUGGUAAUGACCAUAUGGACGCCGUAUCUGGAAAGAAUACUAUCCUGUUCAAUGCGUCCAAGAAGGAGUUAUUCCUCCCAACCUCUGGCUACAAGACCCUCCAGUCUCGCCUCAAGAUGCACUGGGCAGUGGGGCUACAGAGAGAUGACUUGACACUAGAAAGACUCUCCCCUGCCAAGUUGGUGGUGUUUGGGGGACCUAGAGACAAGUUCUCCACAUCAGAGUUUGAUGCCCUACGUGGUUACCUGGAGGAUGGUGGGUGUGUCCUAGUACUGAUGAGUGAGGGAGGAGAAGGGAAACUCAACACCAACAUCAACUUCUUACUAGAGGAGUUUGGGGUCAUGGCUAACAGCGACUCUGUGGUCAGGACUGUGUAUUACAAGUACUUCCAUCCGAAGGAGACACUCGUCACCAAUGGAGUCCUCAAUAGAGAGAUCAACAGAGCAGCGGGAAAGUUUGUUCCUGGAGGUCAAAUCGAACAGGAGGGGACCACAAUGCAGUCGCUCAGUUUUGUGUACCCGUAUGGUGCCAGUUUGACAGUGCAGAAGCCAGCUGUAUCAGUCCUCUCCUCGGGCACUACCUCCUACCCUGUCAACAGACCUGUGUGUGCGUUCUGUAGGAGCAAGAAUGGCCGGGGGAAGCUGGUUGUGAUGGGUUCCGCUCAUGUGUUCCACGAUACGUAUAUCGACAAAGAAGAGAAUAACAAACUACAAGAGGUAGUGUUCAGAUGGCUAACAUCAAAUGACAUCACACUCAACACUAUCGACAGUGAAGACCCUGAGAUCUCAGACUAUCAUUUCCUGCCUGACACGGGUGAGAGUGCCGAGAGACUUAAGGUGUGUCUACAAGAAGGCGAGGAGCUGCCACGAGACUUCACUGCUCUCUUUGAUCACUCCCUCUAUAAACUAGACACCACUGUGUUACCAGAAUCAAUAAGCAUGUAUGACAAGCUGGGACUCAAGCACGAGCCACUCACUCUGAUACAGCCCACCUUUGAGACACCACUACCGCCCUUGCAACCUGCAGUGUUUCCACCUUCGUUCCACGAGCUUCCACCUCCUGCACUCAACCUGUUUGACCUUGAUGAGCAUUUCUCGUCAGAGAGAGUUCGUAUUGCACAAAUCACCAAUAAAUGUGCUGAAGAAGAUAUGGAGUACUAUGUACGUGAGGCUGGACGCAUUCUGGGAGUGACAGGGAAACUGGCUCAGGAGAAGAGAAGUGCCAAGCACAUCCUAGAGCAUGUUUUUGCACAGUUAGUCGAGUUCAAGAAAUUAAAUCAGGAACCCUCCACUCCUGAUCACACUUGAACAAACUCUGAACACUUUUGGAACUUGUUUUAUUUUACUCGUUGUAUUCUAUUUGUUAAUUUGAUGACAUGCACAGUCAUGAUAAUAUUACCUGUCUCAUUGUUCAAUAUAAAUGUGCUGAAUUCUUAAAAAAACAUAAAUUGUACUGUGAAAUAUAUUUGGCUUUAUAACAGUUAUUUAGACAACACUAACAGGCACAUUUCCAUCAUCUGUACAAACUUUAAAUAUCCUGCUUUUUGCAUCAUUGUCUCUUUGAUGUUUGUGAAAGUUAUUGAUGACUUGUGA